ACCGUCUCCUUCUCAGCGGCUGACGGGGGAGAUGCUCACUGCUGUCCGGGUGACUUUACGGGCUGCAGCGCCCAUGGAGAUGAAUUAAGCGGCAGUUUAUCUCUCUGCAUCUGGCAUCAGGUCCGCACACAUCCGCUGACUGACCGACCGAAACGCACGGGACCUUCCAACACCGCAGGAAAAAAAUCCCGGGAUCUCCUGUCUCUACUCCUGAAUGAGUCUCCUCUCAUUUCAAGAAUGAUGUGAAGAUCACUUACGGAGGACAACACCGCACUUCAGCUCAUCUUUUCCAGAUUAAUCCUGCUCCUUGCUGAUACACGAUUCCCAGGGGCUGGUUUGAGCCUUGUGUUUUUUUGGGAAUGGGGACGUGCUUGGAUAAAGGAUGGACUUACUGCGGCCCCACUAAAGGUCACGGUCCUCCAAAGGUCAUGUUGUGGCCCAUGGCACUGUGGCUAUUGACUCUGAUCUCUGUAAAUCAAAAAACGACAGUUGGACAGACUCUGAAUACCUUUCAAUCAGAAAGGAGGGAAUGGUCGCUGAACCACCUGACUGUGCAUCAAUCCACUGGAGCUCUGUACAUCGGAGCUGUAAACCGAAUCUACAAGCUGUCGUCUAAUCUCACCCUCCUGGUGUCCCAUGACACAGGACCAGAGUAUGACAACAAAGCUUGUUAUCCUCCUCUGAUUGUGCAGCCCUGCUCGGAGCCUUUGGCCUCCACGGACAACGUUAACAAACUGUUGCUCAUCGACUACUCUCACAACCGACUGCUGGCUUGUGGCAGCCUCUACCAGGGCGUUUGCAAGCUGAUGAGGCUGGAUGACUUGUUUAUCCUUGUGGAGCCCACACAUAAGAAAGAACACUACCUGUCCAGUGACAACCAGACGGGGACAAUGUACGGGGUAGUCGUGCCCUCGCAGGGUCAGGAUGCAACUCUGUACAUUGGCACAGCUGUUGGAGGUAAACAGGACUACUUCCCGACCAUCUCCAGCCGCAAGCUCCCUCGUGACCCAGAGUCCUCCGCCAUGCUGGACUACGAGCUUCACACUGACUUUGUUUCAUCUCUCAUCAAAAUCCCCUCUGACACACUGGCACUCGUCCCCCACUUUGAUAUAUACUACAUCUAUGGCUUUGCUAGCGGCAGCUUUGUCUACUUCAUGACCGUCCAGCCGGAGACUCCAGAGAACGGGAUGCCUGCAGGCAGCUCCCCUGGCGACCUGUUCUACACCUCUCGCAUCAUCCGCCUCUGCAAAGGUGACAAAAGGUUCCACUCCUACGUGUCACUUCCUGUGGGAUGCGUACACAGAGGCGAGGAGUACCGCCUGCUUCAGGCCGCUUACCUGACCAAGCCCGGCAGGGUCCUGGCAAGGUCGCUCAACAUCAGUGCUCAGGAGGACGUGGUCUUUGCUGUGUUCUCCAAGGGACAGAAACAAUACCACGACCCUCCAGAUCACUCAGCCCUCUGCGUCUUCACCAUCCAAGACAUCAACACACGCAUCAAGGAGCGGCUGCAGUCCUGCUACCAGGGAGAAGGAAACCUGGAGCUGCACUGGCUGCUGGGCAAGGACGUGCAGUGCACCAAGGCGCCUGUUCCCAUCGAUGAUCACUUCUGCGGCCUGGAUAUCAACCAACCACUGGGGGGUUCUCAGCUGGUGUCGGGUCAGACAGUCUUCACCGAGAGCAGGGACAGGCUGACCUCCGUCACCUCCUACAUCUACAACGGACACACUGUGGUCUUCCUGGGCACCAGAAGUGGACGACUGAAGAAGAUCAGGGUGGACGGCCCUCUGGAGGGAGGAGUGCAGUACGAGACAGUGACCGUGAUGAAGGAUAGCAGGGCCAUCCUCCGGGACAUGGCCUUCUCUCUGGACAGGAACUCUCUCUAUGUCAUGUCUGACAAUCAGGUGGCUCAGGUCCCUGUGGAGGCCUGUGAGCAGUACGGCACAUGUGCUGAGUGUCUGAGCUCUGGAGAUCCUCACUGUGGCUGGUGUGUUCUGUAUAACAUGUGCUCGAGGAAGGAUCGGUGUCAGAGGGCAGAGGAGACCUUCCGUUUCGCCACUGACAUUGACCGCUGUGUGAAAGUUAUCGCUCAUCCGGACAGCAUUGCUGUCUCAGCACACAGUGUCCCUCUUCUGCUGGAGGUGAAUAAUGUUCCAGACCUUUCCGCUGGAGUCACCUGUUCAUUUGGCCAGCAAGCCCAAGUGGAGGGCCACGUCAAAGGGAACAGGGUCAUGUGUCUGUCCCCGGCUGGGAAGGAGGUCCCACAAAUACCAGAGGGACAAGACUGGGCUGGCGUAGAACUUCGUCUAAACUCAAAGGAGACGGGUCAAACGGUCGCCAGCACCGAGGUGAAGUUCUACAACUGCAGCACGCAUCAAACGUGUCUGUCCUGUGUAAACAGCACUUUCCGCUGCCACUGGUGUAAAUACCGCAACCUGUGCACCCACGACCCGAGCAGCUGUUCUUUCCAGGAGGGAAGAGUCAACGCCUCAGAGGACUGCCCUCAGCUCCUUCACUCUGGGGAAAUUCUCAUCCCGGCCGGUGAAGUCAGACCCAUCACCUUGAAAGCCCGAAACCUUCCCCAGCCGCAGUCGGGCCAGCGGGGCUACGAGUGCGUGGUGCACUUGCAGGGUGUCAGCCACCGUGUCACGGCGCUGCGCUUCAACAGCACCAGCGUGCAGUGCCAGAACAGCUCGUACAUGUACGAGGGUGUGAAGAUCAGUGACCUGGCAGUGGACCUCUCCAUCGUGUGGAACGGCAAUUUCAUCAUCGACAAUCCCGAGAAGAUUAAAGUGCAUCUCUACAAGUGCAGUGCCCAGCGGGACAGCUGUGGCAUGUGUCUGCGGGCGGAGAGGAAGUUCCAGUGCGGCUGGUGUAGCGGUGAGGGCAGAUGCACCAUGAAGCAGCAUUGUCCUCCCAUCUCCCCCUAUGCAACCCGCUGGCUGGACCUCUCAGCCAGGAACGUCAAGUGCACCAACCCACGCAUUACUGAGGUGAGCCCAGUGGCAGGGCCUCUGGAGGGGGGCACACUGGUGACCAUCCAGGGCCUGAACCUGGGUCUGUCCUUCUCUGAGCUGGAGGGUAACGUGGAGGUUGCAGGAGUGCAGUGCACCCCACAGGAGGAGGGAUACAUCACAGCAGAACAGAUUGUGUGUGAGAUGGCCGUGGCUCCUACAGGAAGCGCACCAGGUCCGGUCAGGCUGUGCGUUGGUGAAUGUAGACCUGAGCUCCGGGCACAGUCCUCCCAGCUCUACUCCUUCGUGAUCCCUACCAUGCUGGCACUGACCCCAGGCAGAGGACCUGAAUCUGGGGGCACCAAAAUCACCAUCGUUGGGGAGAACCUGGGAGCCGGCAGCUCUGUUAAUGUUUACUUUGGUAAUCAGACCUGUGAGCUGUACAGGAGGACCGUGUCGGAGAUCGUGUGCUUCUCUGCGCCGUCAGUAACCGGAGCAGGGCCAGUGCAGGUCAGUUUGAGAGUCGACCGGGCCAAAGUUCCUGGGAGUCUGGCCUUUGAGUACAUAGAGGAUCCGACGGUGCAGCGCAUUGAACCCCUGUGGAGCAUUACCAGUGGACACACCACCCUGACGGUGACUGGGACCAACUUGGAUGUUGUUCAGGAACCGCGAGUCCGGGUCAAAUAUGCCGGCCACGAAUCUGUGAAUGUUUGCAAAGUGUUGAACACGACCACCAUCAGCUGCUUCGCUCCCUCCCUGAAGGCCGAGUUCACCGCCGACCAGGAGACGAUCAAACAAGUGGACGAGUUUGGCUUCGUCUUCAACAACGUCCAAGCUCUGCUCACGUACAACAACACAAGCUUCGUCUACUAUCCCAACCCGUACCUGGAGCCCCUCAGCCUGUCGGGGGUUCUGGAGCAGAAACCUGGCGCUCCCAUCAUACUCAAAGGACGUAACCUGGUGCCUUCAGCGUCUGGUGGAGCCAGGCUGAAUUACACAGUGCUGAUCGGGGAUACGCCCUGUUCUCUCACUGUGUCCGACACUCAGUUACUCUGUGAACCACCAAACCUCACCGGGCAGCACAAAGUCCUGGUCCAAGUAGGAGGACUCCACAUCUCACCCGGGGAAGUUCACAUCCGCUCCGACAGCCUUCUCACGCUUCCUGCCAUCUUCAGCAUCACAGCUGGAGGAGGCCUGCUCCUCAUCAUCGUCAUCAUCGUCCUGCUGGCCUACAGACGCAAGUCUCACGAGAACGACCUGACUUUAAAACGGCUGCAGAUGCAGAUGGACAAUCUGGAGUCCCGGGUGGCUCUCGAGUGCAAGGAAGCGUUUGCAGAACUACAGACGGACAUCAACGAGUUAACCAGCGAUCUGGACAGAGCUGGCAUCCCAUACCUGGACUAUCGAACUUAUGCCAUGAGGGUUCUCUUCCCCGGCAUCGAUGAUCACCCUGUGCUCAGAGAGCUGGAGGUGCCGGGGAGCGGACAGGCGAAUGUGGAAAAAGCCUUGAAGCAGUUCGCUCAGCUGUUGAAUAACAAGGUCUUCCUGCUGACAUUCAUCCGCACACUGGAGCUGCAGCGCUCGUUCUCCAUGCGUGACCGCGGCUACGUCGCCUCGCUCAUCAUGACCGCUCUGCAGGGACGGCUGGAGUACGCCACAGACAUCCUCAAACACCUGCUGUCAGACCUGAUAGAACGCAACCUGGAGAGCAAGAACCACCCCAAACUGCUUCUCCGCAGAACAGAGUCGGUGGCAGAGAAGAUGCUGACAAAUUGGUUUGCCUUCCUGCUUCACAAAUUUCUCAAGGAGUGUGCUGGCGAGCCUCUCUUCAUGCUGUUCUGUGCCAUCAAACAGCAAAUGGAGAAGGGACCCAUCGACUCCAUCACUGGAGAAGCGCGCUAUUCCCUCAGUGAGGACAAGCUCAUCCGACAGCAGAUCGAAUACAAGACACUGACGCUCAGCUGUGUGAACCCAGACAAUGAGAACAGCCCAGAAAUCCCUGUCAAGGUGCUCAACUGUGACACCAUCACCCAGGUAAAGGAGAAGAUCCUGGAUGCGGUGUACAAGAACAUGCCUUACUCACAGCGACCGCGAGCCGCAGACAUGGAUCUGGAGUGGCGGCAGGGCAGAACGGCUCGUGUGGUCCUCCAGGAUGAGGACAUCACCACCAAGAUAGAGAGCGACUGGAAGAGGCUCAACACACUCAUGCACUACCAGGUGUCUGAGCGCUGUGUAGUGGCCUUGGUGCCCAAACAGAUGUCUUCUUUCAACAUCCCCUCCUCAGCCAGCUUCCCACGCAGCAUCAGCAGAUACGGUGUGGACGUACCCUUCCGCUCCACCCCAACCAGUCCCGACAGCCCCCACUCCCGUGUGCCCAUGCUGACCCCUGACAUGGAGAGUGGCGUCAAAGUUUGGCACUUGGUUAAGAACCACGACCACGGCGACCAGAAAGAGGGAGAGCGCGGCAGCAAGAUGGUGUCUGAGAUCUACCUGACGAGGCUGCUCGCAACAAAGGGCACUCUGCAGAAGUUUGUGGACGACCUGUUUGAGACCCUGUUCAGCACAGUGUGUCGAGGCACCGCCCUGCCUCUCGCAAUCAAAUACAUGUUUGACUUCCUGGAUGAGCAGGCUGACAGACACGGCAUCCAUGACAUGGAUGUUCGCCACACGUGGAAGAGCAACUGCCUGCCACUUCGGUUUUGGGUGAAUGUGAUCAAGAAUCCUCAGUUUGUGUUUGACAUCCACAAAAGCAGCAUCACGGACGCUUGUCUCUCUGUGGUGGCACAAACCUUUAUGGACUCUUGCUCAACGUCUGAACACCGUCUGGGGAAAGACUCCCCCUCCACCAAACUACUCUAUGCCAAGGACAUACCACAUUACAAGAGCUGGGUAGAAAGGUACUACGCUGACAUCAACCGCCUGCCUGCCAUCAGUGAUCAGGAUAUGAAUGCCUAUCUGGCUGAGCAGGCUCGCCUUCACUCCAGUGAGUUCAACGUGCUCAGUGCCCUCCACGAGAUCUACGCUUACGUCAGCAAGUACAGCCAAGAGAUCAUUGAGGCACUGGAGCAAGAUGAACAGGCCCAGAAGCAAAAGUUGGCGUAUAAAGUGGAGCAGAUCAUCUCAGUCAUGUCUACAGAGAGCUGAGACCCACACACACACACGUUCAUAUACAAUAUGUACACACUACGCACACACACACACACAAACACACACACAUACACACACACACACACACGUUCAUAUACAAUAUGUACACACUACGCACACACACAGUAACAGAGGAGUUAUAAAUCAAUCACCAACACAUGUGGACAUUAUGUACACACAUAAACACACUGAUGUAUACUAUGGACCUAUUGUAUAACCAAACAAUACAUACACAUUCAAACACACACAUGCAACUGUACAUACACAAACCACAGCACACAUCAAACAGCAGAUUGCCCCAAAGCACGACAUUUGCAUCCAGUGUCAUCGUUUUUUCAGAAGAAACUCCAGCAGGCAAACGUCCAGCUUCUAAAAAAUGCUCCUAUAUAUAGAGGGAGAGGAGAAGAAAGAGGAUACGGGCCGUCGUCGGUUGCUCAACUUGCUGCCAAUUCUUUUCCGCUGGGUAACGCUUUGUCUUUGUAGUCGGUGCUUAUACUAAAUGUCAUAAAACAGCACUUAAUAAAGGAAAGACUCAACUUGAAUAGUCACUGGAGGCGCUCAACAGAGACAGGAGCCGAUUUAAUGGCGAGACACAAAGUACUUUUUAUACGUCAAAGAUGAAGGACGCUUGUUCGAGGUACAUAUCACAGGCUCGGAGCGACCUCGCCAUUUGGAGCCAAUGGGAGCAGAGAUGUGUAACUUUGUGUUGUUAAGCCUUUUCCUGUUGCCUUGUAAAGGCUUAAAAAACUAAAGACCGUGGCAUCGUUGCUUUUCAUUCACCUACUUGAAACUCACUGUUUUAUUUUAGUUUCUUUGUUUUCUGAAUUGAAACUCUGCGUGGGUCAGAACACUAAACGCAAAGGUUGUCUUUGAAAAGGUGAGGCUUUAAUAAUCCAACGCCAAAAACUGUUGUGUUUAAAUUUGAAAUACACUGUCAGUAUGUAGAUAUAUUUCCAGAUCCACUCCCGGGCUUUUUGUGCCAAAUAUCUCUCAUGUUUCAUUCAUGUUAAAUGCUCCCGUAGACGCUAUUGAUAGUACGGAAAAAGAUCCCAUUUAAGAUAAGGAAUUCUGUACAGUGAUGAUCUAGAGACCACUAAUUCAGCCAUUCAAAGAUAAGUGGAGACCAAAUGGAACUGCAGCAGAGAGCAUGAUUAAUGAUGCUAUGAGCCUGAUCCAGGAUCAGAUUAGCUGACCCCGGCCGACAGCGCCGCUCCCUCCGUGUUUCAUCAGUCAUUGUUUACAUUGAGCAUGAUACUUGAAAUGCACCAAGUGUACAAGAUAUCGAGAACACCUGCUGCUCCUGUGGAGUAAUCUGCUCAGAUUAAGUCAGAUGAAGAUGUUGAUGCCUCGUUGAUUUCCCCAAUAAAUCCACUUUGAACGUAACCUGGAAAUUAAUCAUGGGGAGGGAAAAUGGAUUUCGAACCCUGGAGAUCUCGGAUCUUAUAAAGCAGGUGUUCCUCAUAUUCUGUACACAGAGUGGAUAUAUGUGAUUAAUGAUGUAUGUGUCUGGAUCAGCAGCUGGUCUUUGUAAAGUUUAUUCAUUAAAUGUCCGAUGCUUCACCGUGAUGUCUUCGCUUUACAUCCCGACUACUUCUAUGUUUCAUACGAUUCACGUUUUCAUUUGGCAUUUGGUGUAUAUGUGACCUGACUGCCUGUUGUCUCCUUGCUGCUGUAUUUAUAGAGUGCCAUAUCUAACCUUUAAAACAAUUAUCAUGACGAAACAGUCCGUCCGAGGUUUCACGCUCAUUCAGGGUUUUAGUUUUAACUGCGACGAUGAGAGACGAGCAUCGUUCUCUGCUCGCCUCGGUUUAAUUGUCCCAUAAAGAGUCACUGCGAUCGUCCGUCAAAUUAAUUCUGAAUAGCUUCUUUUCUACCAUUUCAGUAUCAGUGGGGUUAAUGUACUCCCCACAGGACCUUGAUUCAUGUUAAUCUAAAAGAUAAAGUAAAAUAGAUAAUAAAUACAUUUCCUGUUAAGUGUUGAAAUGUGACAGAGAACUCAUCUGUUUCAUGUGUGGUUCGAUAAUAAUGAUAAUUUAUAAAUGUGUUGUGCAAUAAACUGUAAUGUUUUUUUAAACUAUAUAUUAUUGUAUAAAUAC